UGAAUGAAAGCUCCGCAAGAUGGCGGCGGCCAGGGCCAAGGCACGGAGCGGUGAGGCCAGAGCGCGGUGUCACCGGGCUCCAGGUCCGCCCCAGAGGCCCAAACCCAGGCGAACGACGAGACGCUGCCGCGCGGACACCGUGACGGCGCGACGCUCGCGGUCGUCUGCGGGCGGGAGACGCGCCGGCUCCAACCGAGCGAGGUCCAGAGCUCCGCGGGCCGCGGUCUUUGGCGGCGAGUGUGCACGAGGUGCCUCAUUCAAGGCCUGGUGUGUGCCUUGCCUAGUUUCACUUGAUACUCUCCAGGAAUUAUGUAGAAAAGAAAAGCUCACAUGUAAAUCGAUUGGAAUCACCAAAAGGAAUCUAAACAAUUAUGAGGUGGAGUACUUGUGUGACUACAAGGUAGUAAAGGGUGUGGAAUAUUAUCUUGUAAAGUGGAAAGGAUGGCCAGACUCUACAAACACCUGGGAGCCCUUGUGGAACCUCAGGUGCCCACAGCUCCUGCAGCAGUUCUCUGACGACAAGAAUACUUACUUAUCCCAGGGAAGGAAACGCAAGGCCAUCACUUCAAAAGACAAUAACAAAUCCUUGCAACCUGCAGUUGCUGAGUAUAUUGUACAGAAAGCUAGGCAAAGAAUAGCUCUGCAGAGAUGGCAAGAUUACCUCAACAGAAGAAAGAACCACAAAGGGAUGAUAUUUGUUGAAAAUACUGUUGACUUAGAGGGCCCACCUUCAGACUUCUACUACAUCAAUGAAUACAGGCCAGCUCCUGGGAUCACCUUAAACAGUGAAGCUACCUUUGGGUGUUCGUGUACAAACUGCUUCUUUGAAAAGUGUUGUCCUGCUGAAGCUGGAGUUGUUUUGGCUUAUAAUAAGAACCGACAAAUUAAAAUCCAACCAGGCACUCCCAUCUAUGAAUGCAACUCAAGGUGCCGAUGUGGACCUGAUUGUCCCAAUAGGAUUGUACAGAAAGGCACACAGUAUUCCCUGUGCAUCUUUAGAACUAGCAAUGGCUGUGGCUGGGGUGUAAAAACCCUUGUGAAGAUUAAAAGGAUGAGUUUUGUCAUGGAAUAUGUUGGAGAGGUGAUCACCAGUGAAGAGGCUGAGAGACGGGGACAGCUCUAUGACAACAAAGGGAUCACCUACCUUUUUGAUCUGGACUAUGAGUCUGAUGAGUUCACAGUGGAUGCAGCUCGAUAUGGAAAUGUGUCUCAUUUUGUGAAUCAUAGUUGUGACCCAAAUCUUCAGGUGUUUAGUGUUUUCAUCGAUAACCUUGAUACUCGGCUUCCCAGGAUAGCAUUGUUCUCCACAAGAACCAUAAAGGCUGGAGAAGAGCUGACUUUUGACUAUCAAAUGAAAGGUUCUGGAGAACUGUCUUCAGACUCUAUUGACUACAGCCCUGCCAGAAAAAGGGUCAGAACCCAAUGCAAAUGUGGAGCUGAGACGUGCAGAGGUUACCUCAACUGAAAUUUCAGGAAGUGGAGCUCACGUUGUUUGUUUUUUUGUUUUGUUUGUCUUCUAACAACUGAAAAAAGUAUUUGGGACUCCUUUCUAUUACCUAUGUAUUGUAUUAUAUGAUGUUAAUGUACAAUUCAUGGCUCAAGAUAUAUGCCAAGUAUAUUACUAUUGAUUCUAAAAAGGACUGCAAGGCCAUGUAAACAAGAUGGUGGUUACAUGGGAAGUGAACUGUAUAAAUCACUUGCUUACUCGAGAGUCGAAGUAGACAGUCGUCCCUUUAGUUUUGGAAGUGAGUCGACCACAGCUAUUAUUGAGCCUUUUAUCCUGCCUCAAACAGAGAACUCACUUUAGGCAAAUGUAUAAAUUUUAUUUUUUUACUAUAUUGUUUCUGUUUAAUACUCACUGAUCUUGUAUCAGAGACAAAUAAGUGACACUGAAUUUUUUUACUGUAUUUUCUACUUUUACAUUAAAACAUUGGCAUCUUAAUGAUAUAUUUCAGGUGUAAAAAAUGUGAAAGAUUUACUUUUAGCUUGAUCUUACUUUGAGGCAAUAGAUACCAUUACAAAGGUAUCUAAACCUGAAAUUCUUAAAAGAUGUUUUUACUCCCACAGAAGAAAAGUCUCUGAUCACCUUCUCGGAAUUCUGUAGUGCUGGCCACUGUGUUUCUGUGAACAGACAGACAGACAGAACAGUGACUGAGGACGCACUGGAGUGUCAGGCAGGAAAGGAGUACAGCGUAAGCCACUCAGCAUGUGUGAGCACGACAGCACCGUGUCUCUCUCUCUCUCCGGAACAGGAGAGUGAGAUCCCUGAGGGGCACAGGUCCCCAAUGGCAGUGUAAUUCACAUCACAUACUGUCAUCUCAAGGCAGUUUUAAUUCCUACCCACUAAAUUUCAAUACUUUUGUAUUUUGUGCAUGCCCUUGAAAAGCAAGCUCUAUUUGCCCUGAUGCUUGUUUUAUACAAGAGUUUUUAGAUAGGAUGAAACUUAGCUUGGCCAAAAGUCGGCCUGAUUGAACUUUUAUCACCUCUGGGGUUAGAUGGGGCUUCCCCUGUGUAGUAAAACCCAAUAAAGAAAAAAACUUUCAUUUUUCUGGGUCUGGGAGUUCUAAUCGUGGUGUCCAAUGUGAAGACAGAAACAAAAUGCAGCAAAUAAACAAAGCUUUUGGUAUCCUAAGAGUUUCCUAAGCUCACUGCUCCAGGCUUGAAUAACUGUAAUAAGCUUAAGUAAAAUGAACUGAAUUCAAGAACUCAGUACUUCCUUUAACUUUCUAACUCUUAACCUGUUUUGAGAGAAGCUACAAUGUUAUUCAGAAUAUUGCCUUCGGGGGCUACUUGUUCACAGUCAUGCCUGCUACCCAAAACUUUCAGAAUGUGUCAAGAAAAAAUAUAAUUUUAAAUGGUAUUUCUUUUGUUUUUCUUUGAGAAUCUUAAAAGCAUCACAGGUCUGUUUUUCUCACACAUACCUCCACCCCCACUGCAACCCUCCAUGACCAAGCUCACUUUGAAUUAUUCUCAGGUUAAAAAAUUAAAAAAAAAAUGUUUGUCUAGAUAUUUGGUCUUAUUUACUGUUUAGGUUAAAAGGAAACUUAGGAGGGCAAGAAGAAAAUGACUUGUGUUUAGUAAACGUGUGGCUUUGUUUUGUCUUACUAAUAGAAAUUUAAUGGCCCUAAGGUUCUGUGGGAGUGGGUGGGCCUUCAGACAGUAUCUUGUAGCUCAGGUUGGCCUUGAAUUUGCUGUGUACCUGAGUGCUUUCUUGAACUCUUCAGUCCUCCUGCCUCUCCCUCCCAGUGCUGGGGUUGUGGGCCUGUGCCACCAUGCCCUUUGACCUUUAAACGCACACCAAUUUCACUCGUGUUCCACACAUGGACUGCAUUACUCUCUCUCAGCAUUCCCCCAUUACUGUCCUCCAGUUCCUCUUCUGCUUUCACCUCAUGAGAGCUGUCCAUACAGCGGUGUGUGUAUUUCCUUGUUGCUGUGAUCAAAGCGAUCAAUUCAGCUCUGCCUUGAUUCCUCAAAUCACAUGUUCUAAGUAUGUCGUGUCUUCAUGACAUACUCAGCUCUGGGAGGUGAUCAUGACAGGAACUUUCCAGCAGAGGCUAGAACUGUGGAGCACAGCUCACUGGCUGGCUCCCUGGCUCCCAGGCUCCCCUCAGCUAGGCGUUCCUACACAGCCCACCCGCCCAGGAAUGGUGUAAUGGUACCUAAUAAGCGAGACCCUGCCACAUCAGUUAGCCAUCAAGAAAAUCCGGGCCAAUGGGACAGAGACAGUUCCUCAGAGGAGGUUGUUUCCCCAGGUAACCCCAGACUGUCAAGUAUAAGGUACAUGCAACCAUUUUGCAUUUGACUGACAUCUCUUAAAGGCUGGCCCGCCCUUAGGAUUCUGGGAUGUAUUGUGACAUUCCUAGACGUUUUUAACCUUUGCUAAUCUGUAACUCUUGAAUGAAGUAGCCACUAUAGUUAGUCCUGCCUGUUUUCCUGCUGUCUGUAUGGAGCUUCCCUCACACAGCCUAGAUAACUCUGAAGCCCUGCUGCUUGCACCUGGAUGCUGGCUGUGAGCUUACUAGCUGUGUGAACUAACCUGUGUGCCUUCCUGCCUACCUCAAAGUGCGCUUUCACAGACUAAAGCUUUAUGAAGUGUGUGUGUGUUUUUAAAUCACAGAAUAAACACAUAUGU